AAGAUCAAGUUCCUUCUUUUCCCUCUCCCUCCGACAUCUUUCCUUCUCUCUCUCAAAGUGAGGUUGGAUUUGUCCCAGAGGCCACAGCAAUCUGGGGCCACAUGCAAUCUGGGGAAUGCGUGAAUGAAUGUUUUAAUUCACUUGCUCUCAUCAACAGGAAAGAAAGAGGCUAAUCUUAUCUGGUGAUUUGUUGAGUGAGAGAAGGCCUGCUGGGAACCCUUCUCUCUCCUUCCAGUUUUGGAUUUACUUAGCGGAUUACCCUGUUGGCUUUAAAGGAUGCCUGUGACAGACCAGGCCUUUGUGACCCUUGCUACCAAUGAUGUUUAUUGCCAUGGAGCUCUGGUUCUCGGACAGUCCUUGAGGAACCAUAAAACAUCUCGAAGGCUGGCAGUGCUAAUUACAUCUCAGGUCUCCAGUGCAAUGAGGGCUGCCCUCAACACCGUAUUUGACACAGUGGUGGAUGUGAAUGAAAUUGACAGCAAUGACUCUGUGCACUUGGCUUUGCUGGAGAGACUGGAACUGGGUGUAACCUUCACCAAACUUCAUUGCUGGACUCUUACUCAGUAUAGCAAAUGUGUCUUCAUGGAUGCAGACACAUUGGUACUGUGUAAUAUUGAUGAGCUGUUUGACCGGGAAGAACUCUCAGCAGCUCCAGAUUCUGGCUGGCCAGACUGCUUUAAUAGUGGUGUGUUUGUUUUCAAACCUUCUUUGAAAACCUACAACCUCCUCCUGCAGUUCGCAAAUGAACACGGCAGCUUUGAUGGAGGUGAUCAGGGAUUGUUAAACAGUUUCUUCAACAACUGGGCAACAACAGACAUUAGCAAACACUUGCCAUUUCUCUAUAAUCUAAGCAGCAGUGUUGUCUAUACCUAUGCCCCUGCUUUUCAACAUUUUGGCAAAGAUGCAAAGGUAGUCCACUUCUUGGGACCAUCAAAGCCAUGGAGUUAUAAAUACAACCCUCAAACAGGAACACUGAUAGGAGACGGUUCAUCCUCAGUAUCUAACGGCCAGCUCUGUUUCCUUAAACUCUGGUGGACAACGUACAGUUCUGAUGUAUUGCCAUUACUGGAAAAAAUGCAGGAGUCUUCUGAGCCACAAAUCCAGAGAGAAGAGCCUAGCUUGAGUGGAGAUGAAAGUAAAUUGGAAAGAGGAAAUCCUGCCAUUAGCAGUUCUUUGCCAGCAAAUGAGGAACAUGUAUCUGAAACAGUUGCAAACUCACCUGAUGAGUUAACUGCCGAAAAUUCUGCACAGAAAGCUGAGGGCAGCCUUGAGGCCCACAUCGCUGAGCCAGGUGAAUCAUCUCCAGAGCCCACUUUUAACCCAACUCCUCAAGAAACUGUGAAAAUGGUGAAUGAUGCCGUUGCCAGCUCUGUUUCAGAGCUAUGUAUUCAGCCAAAUCCAGAGGUGCCGAGCGCAGAAGAAGAGCGAAGAAAAUGGGAGGAAGGCCACAUUGACUAUCUGGGGAAAGAUGCUUUUGAAAACAUUAAAAAGAAGUUAGAUUCCUUUUUGUUAUAGAUCUUGCUUGUGUACUCUUAGCAGGGACCGACUGCUGUUUAAAUUUACAACGUAUGCGAAAUCUCCAGGGCCCUUCCUGUUUUGCAGGGGGGGAAUGCAAACAAAAAUAGCACCUUGAAAAUGGUUGUGCUUGCUAAAUGCACCCGUGUAUGCAUUGUGACAGUAUGCAUUGCUUCCAGAGAAUGAAACGCAAUGGGCUUGUAAAACUGCCUUACAUGAGUCAGAACAUUGGGUCAGCUUAGCCAGUACUGAUUAUUCUGCCUGGCAGCAUCUUCUAGGCUUGUAUAGUAAAGCUACUUGAGAAAUGCUUAGCUGGAAAUGCCAGGGGACCUUCCGUCUGCAUUUCUUGUGUGGUUUUUGGUGGGACAAUCCACAGUGCCUAGUUGAACAGCCCACCGGUACUGCAGCUAUUCAAUCUUCAUUCAUUUUUGCAGCUCAGUGUGUUUUGUCGGACCAAUGUUGUUUUCUUUUGGAUUUAUUUACUUUUGUUUUGGACCAACCUCUAUAGAUAAGCUUGAUAAAGACUUUUGAAUCCAUUCUCUCUCU